AUGGACUCGGUGGACGAUGAAGUCCUGGCGCUGAUCUUCCGCGCGGUUCCGGCGCGGGACAGACUAAGGUGUGAGGAGGUGUGCGUGCGGUGGCGGCGGGUUCUGACCAACCACUCGGAAUUCACCACAAGGUUGGUGCUGCCGCCAGACCCUUUGGACGACUCCCUUGUCGAAACCACCGAGGGGGGAUGGUCGCCGUGGAGGGAAGAGGCGCGCGACGACACCCUGCGGGUGGCUUCGGCAAAGGCUAAGGGUGGGUUACGUCAUUUUGACGCAUCCGGGUGCGCCGAUAUCACCAAGCGAGCAGUCAUAGACGUCCUGAAGUCCAACCCUCGACUCACUUCGCUCGUGAUGGACGAGGGCGAGGUGGAGACAUCUCUCUAUGGGCUGAAGCUUCGACCCAGGCAUCUAGUGGCGCUCGCCGAGACGAUGGCCGCGCGUGGACGCGACGGGGGAUCCACGCCGAGGAUAGACAUCAGUGUGGAGGUGACGGGGAACAGGGAGCUCGAGGAGCUUAGGAAAGCGCUCGAGGAAGGGUCGAGCUUCGGCGACUCUCUUCAAAUUGGAGGCGUUGAGGUUUACGUCGUCUCCCUCACAACAUCGCUACUUUUCGUGGUGGACAGCGCCCUGACACACGGCGACAGCGACAUCGAUGAGGAUGUUCAUCGUGAGACGAAUGAGAAGACGACGACAGACCUAGUGGAGGUUCUCAGGAGGAUUGGAGGGAGAGGACUGCGGCGUCUUAAUUUUCUUGAGAGGUCACUAAACGACCACCGUGGCGUGCCAAAGAUAUUCAACGCCGUAGGAGAGGACUGUAGGACGCUGAGGGAGUUGCAUCUUGACAGCGAAGCUUUCACUGUAGAUAGAGAGCACUGGGAGUUCCUUGAGAGCACCGUGGACUCCUUCAAUGGCAUGAUUGAUGCGAUUGGAGACACUCUUUGUCGGCUCACGCUCUUUCGAGCGUACAGAGAUGGAGGAGGUUGGGGACCUGUACGAGCUGUUUGGUGUAAGAAACUACCCGAAGGACUGCAAAAACUACAUUUCGAAAUGCCACAUCAUGGUCUUCGACACGACACUCUGGAUGCACUUAGCCGAUGUCCGAACACAAGGGUGUUAUCGUUUGCAAACCGUCCAAGACUUCAGACACGAUCGAUUAACAGACAACUAUCAAAUGGCGUGAUGAGCAAAGCGUCAGCGUCCAUUCUUGCGGAUUAUCUUCGAACCAGCUCGGUGACACAUCUCGACCUCAGCAACAUGUUACUUGACGGGGACGCGCUCGGAGAAAUACUAGGCGCCGCUUUGCCAAAUCAGAGUGAUGAUGUAUGGGAUGGGAUCAAAGUUUUGAUAUUGUCUGGGAACGAGCGCGGGGGAUCAGGAGGAAAAGAUUUGCCUGCUGUGCUGGAGGCGAACGCUUCGACGAUGCUGCAUCUCGAUGUAGGCGGUCUUCCGGAUGAUCAGGUUGCUCAAGCUAUCGACAAAUUACCCCUUCUCACGCGGCUCCAUACUCUUGACAUCUCCGGGACGCAGGUGAACAUGUUUGGAAUUUCUGGGGUGACGCCGAAGAGGAAAAAGCUUAAAACCUCUGAUGAGGCGGCAAAAAAUGACGGAGAGGAUUUCCCACCACCUGCACAGCUUCAGACAAUCGGCAAGAAACUUGCUGCCACGCUCGCGGCACCAUCAUGUCGAUUAAAACGGCUCAUCCUCGAGUCGUGCUCCCUGACGGCGUCCGAUCUUCGCGAGAUCUCCCCAGGUGUGCUCAAGUGUCCAUCUCUUGUCUUUGUGGACGUGAGCUACAACAGCGCCAUCGGAGAUGAGGGAUGCGUCGAGGUCGCGCGAUGGAUUCAGGGCAAUGCCAGGGCAAAGAAGAAUGGUGGUUGGCUCACGCGAAUACAUUUGGAGGGAUGUGGCAUCGGUGACGUCGGUGCGAAGACCCUUGCCGAGGCGGUCGCGACCAGCCCAAAGCUGCGGAGACUGGAUCUAGCCCAGAACUUGAACAUAGGGAGAA